AUGCACAGUGUAGCAAUUUUUGGGGUUAAAUGUCAGCCUACACAUUGGAACAUAAGCCAGCAUUCUACGUUGGACUUAGUGCGCACUCCACCACUUUUGACUUUUACGGUACGUGCACGAGUAUUUUCAGGGAAAGAAAUGUAUGCAGAUAUAUUUAGUUCUUCUGAGAGUGAGGAUGAGGAGCCAGUCAGGCGCAUUGAAUCACGUCCAGUACACUUUUCCAGUGAUGAGGAAGAUACCAAACGUAUUGUUAAAAGUGGUCGCAAUAAACGAUGUGAAGAAAUGCAAAGUAUAAUAAAGAACUUGAACAAUCAUAAGAAAAUCAAAGAUAUGUCGAAUAUCAUCAUAGAUUUCCAGAAUUUAGUAAAAGUUUAUGAAAAAUCCACUCAAUUGAACGAUUUCGAUGGUGUACCACCAUUUUAUGUUCGUUGUAUAGCUGAACUUGAAGAUUUUGUAAAUGAUUCAUGGGAAAAGAAAAAGGAUAUGAACAAAGGAGCAGUAAAAUCAUUAGCUACAUUAAAACAACGUGUAAAGAAGUAUACUCGUCUUUUUGAAGCAGAGAUUCGUGAUUUUCGUGAAAACUCGGAAAAUUAUUUGGACGAAGAGCCUGGGAUUUCUGAUAUUGAAGUAAAUGAGCAAGAAACAUUACCUCCAUUAGCAAAGGCUCCAUCAAGUUUAUCUACUGCUGUGAAGAAACCUGUACGAAAGUCAAUCGCAUCAGAUUCAGAAGAUGAUGACGAUGAUACAGAUGAUAGUGACAGUGAUGACUUUUCUGAUGAUGAUAGUUCAAGUACUAGCAGCAUUGAUAUCAAUUUGGAACGCUGUAAGGAUCCUUCAGUAUACUUUUUAAAAGAUACUUCUGAUGAUAAAAAGGAUAAAUCUAAAGUUAAAAAACUCGCCAAAGAUAGACCAACUAAGAAGCAGUUACGAGCUGCAGCUGAACUAGAAGAUGGGAUAUGGACAACUAUUGAUUCUUAUGGACGAUCAGAAGUUCAAGUUCAAGCCUUUGAAAAGGGACAAGAAAUCACUUUUGAGGUUGUUGUAAAGAAAAUGGAAGAAAUUUUGGCUAGUCGUGGUAAAAAAGGUGCAAGUACGAGUGAUCAAAUUGUUUUGCUGAUGCAAGUUGAGGAAAAAAUAAAGGAAUACAACCUAUCUCGUGGGUUACUUGCUAAAUUACUGUUCGCUUUUAUUAGCAUUCUGUUCGAUUACGAUAAAAAGCACGAUUGUAUGAGUGCUACUGCAUUUGACCGAACCAUCAGCGCGUUCGAUCGUUUAUUUGACCUCUUGAAUGAAAUUGACGUUGAAUUAAUACCAUUGGCUUCUAAUGAAGAUGAAUCAUUUGAGACUGAACCCUAUCGUAUUAGAGCGUCUAUAUUAACUGUGGUGGGUCUUUUGGAUGUCGAAUGUUUCAAAGUGUUACAAAAUGCUAAUGGCCAUGAAUCAGAAUAUGUUGACCGACUUCGAGAUGAACGCAGGGUCUGUAGUGUUAUAGAUCGUUUAUGUGCAUACUUGGAGAAGAAGGAAUUCCCUUCAGAUGCAUUGUGUGUGGCAUACCUUCAUAAAUUGGAACACAUGUACUAUAAGUUCGAUUUUGAUUGGGGUCGUAAAGUCGAAGCUUCAAGUAUGGAAAACGUUGGACUUCAUCCAAAUACUCUAGUUAUACAAAAAUUAUGUGAGUACAUAUAUACGCAUGAUCGAACGGAUCGUCUACGCACAAGAGCUAUUCUCUGUCAAAUUUAUCAUUUAGCUCUUUACAAUCAGUGGUUCAAAGCACGUGAUCUCAUGUUGAUGUCCAAUUUACAAAUGUCAAUUGAACAUGCAGAUCAAUCAACUAUGAUUCUUUAUAAUCGAGCGAUGGUUCAGCUUGGUUUAUGUGCUUUCCGUCAAUCAUAUAUCCGUGACGCUCACAAUGCUUUAGCUGAUAUGAUUGGAUCCAAUCGUAUUCGUGAACUGCUCGCCCAAGGACUUCAUACACAAGCCAGGUAUGAGAAAACUACAGAAGAGGAGAAACGUGAACAAGCCCUACAAAUGCCAUAUCAUAUGUAUAUAAAUAUUGAUCUGAUCGAAUGUGUUUAUCUGGUAUCUGCAAUGCUUCUGGAGAUUCCAAAUUUGGCGGCUCAUGAAACGGACUUACGUUGGCGUCCGAUUAGUAAACCAUUUCAUUUGGCUCUACGGGUUCAUGAUCGUGCUGCUCUAGUCGGACCACCUGAAACACCUAGAGAUCAUGUUUUAGCCGCUGCAAAAGCUAUGCGUUAUGGAAACUGGAAGGCAUGUACCAAUUUUAUUAUUAAUCCGAAAAUGGACACUAAAAUUUGGGAUCUGUUAUUCGAAUCUGGUCGUGUGAAAAAGAAUCUAGAAGUUAAAAUUAAAGAAGAGUCUCUACGCAGUUUCUUAUUCACAUAUAGUGCAAUACAUGAUUCAAUGAGUUUGGAUCGUUUGUCCACUUACUUUGAGUUAUCAAAGUCUGCAAUCUAUUCAUUGAUAUGUAAAAUGAUUAUCAAUCAAGAGUUGGCUGCAUCUUUAGAAGCCCCUAAUGAUGCGUUAAUAAUGCAUAAGACAGAACGUUCACGACUUCAAGCUCUUGCUCUUCAACUUAGUGAUAAAGUGAACAGUAUAAUGGAAAUGAAUGACAAGUUAAGUGAAAGCCGUACUGGUGGGCUAUCCGGUCUGAAAGGUUCUCAAUCAUACCAAGGCACACGUCGUACGGGCAUCCGUUAUGCACUAACAAAGUUCAACUGA